CUCUUUUCAAAUAAGGAGUCGGGGGUUAAAGGUCGAGUGUUCUUUCGGAUCACAAACCUGUGAUCGACGGAGCGAGUAUUUUCGAAUCCGUAGACACAAAUGUCAAGGGUUUUUCAAGGAGUGUUGUGGAAUCAAGUGCCGAAUCGAGCGGUAUUAUUAGGAUAAAGUUCGUUUCAAAUGAUGGAAAUGAGUGAUCUGUUGUAAACGAUUUGAUUCGAAAUCGAAGCAGUAGUGUUCUUCCUCCAUGGUUCAACAGACAGUUGAACUUGAAAUUUGAAAGGUUUGUGCAUGCUGCACAGCAGGACAGGAUCCAGAAAUGGCAGCAAAAGCAAAAGACUCGAGACUGAAUGGCACCCCCAGCAAUCGUAAUGGUGUAGCACCACUAGCCUCUCUCCGAGAACCUGUCUACCCCACCGAGCGAGCUGCUAAGUCGGCCAAGAAGACCGCCCUGAUCGCGCCGUUGGCUAGCGAGGGGAAUUACCAGACGCUGAAGAUGAAGACCAACCAAAGUCAGUGGACGCCGAUUCUUCACAAACCGUCCAAUGAGCAGAUAUUUGUAGAAAGGAGAGAACUAAUAGGCCAUUGGUUUGACCUAUGGACAGACGCUCAGAGAAAGCGCUUCUUGCAGUACAUCCUGAUGCGUUGCCGGCGAGCGCAACUCUUGUACCUCUACAACUGGUUUGAGGGGCGCAUCCCCCUGGAGCACCUCAACUUUGCGACGGUGCUUCCACGCUUCCUGUCCCUCUACAUCUUGUCCUUCCUGGACCCCCGCAGCCUCAGCAAAGCGGCCAUGGUGUGUUGGCACUGGAAGUUCCUUGCUGAGCAGGACAUUCUAUGGAUGCCCAAAUGCAUCAAGCUUGGAUGGUUCUUGCCAUAUAAACCCAAAGAUAACGAGUACGGAGCAUGGAAGAGGCAUUACAUCCACUGCCUAAGAACACUGGAUGUUGCCCAAUCACCAAAAGAUUUUGGACUAUAUGGCCGCAUGGGUGACGGUUCGGAUUUGGACGAUGCUGCAGCUAGAAAGAAGAAAAACCAAACAUCGAGUGACCUUGUUGUCUCAAGUAGUUUAGACAGUCGGCCAGUCUGGCUGGACCCAGACCCUCGCCCACAGGACCUAGAGAACGCCUACCGCAGCAUGGCGCAUUCCGGGAAUCCUAACCAACCAGGGCUACCGCCAUCCACCCUUAAACAUUCCAAUGGCAAGACAAUGACCCUGUCGUCACUGUCAUCACGGAAACAUGGGCGGUCUUGGACUGAACCCGCUAGGGUGUUUGAUUACGGUCUCGGCACGAAGACGAGGAAAGAACAACACAGAGCCCAGGGGAGAGAUGACCUAGACCUGUCUGAGGUAUCCACCGAGGCAGUGACGCUAUCAGCAAGCAUAGCCCUGGAGAUGGGGCAACCGGUUGGCUCGGCCCUGCUACAGUCCAUCAGACAUGAGGCCAGGAAACCGGUUUCCCGCAGGAGAGACUUGUCUGCAGGGGGUGAAUACCCAGGAGGCAUUGCAGCUCAUUCCCACAAUGCACUGGGCAAAACGAGCGCAGCAGGGCCACGUCAAAACCCGCGUCUGCUCGUAAUAUCUUCACAAAUUACGGCAAUGCAGCUUCUAAUGUCUGCAGUCAAGCCAGAUGUCUUGGUCAUAGCCUAUGAGUAUAUUGGAACCACCUUGGAGUCUCUCCUGUUUAAGAUUGAAGAAGCGCUGGCCGGAUUGCAAGCUAGGAGUAUUGGCAUCAUGGUGGAGGGCUGUGAUGAAAUCCAAUUGGUGGGUUCCAUGGCAACCAGCAACGCAUCCCUGGAGAGACCGGAACUCAAGCAUUUCUGGGAGAGGGUGUGCGCCACCAUCCUGCCCGGUGCUCAGGGGGGUCAUCUGGACCUGUUUGUACCCCUGGCUGCCUGCGAUGACGGCUGCACCCUCUUACAGCAGUUGAGUCGACUGACUGGUGUUCCCAUCACGUCCCCUUCCACACUCACUGACUCCAAGUAUGGACACGUUAUGGGUGAGUGGGAUAACUGGGGUAAAUCGCCCAGCCCGGCCUCCCUGUACCUGGAGUAUGACAAGCUGCAAGGCUGGCUGGCAUCCUCACAACGUGUGAUGGAGGCGGUAGCAGCCUGCCAGAGGAUACUGAGGAGCUUCCUCAGGGAAGAGAGAGAAGACUUGGUUGCCAAACUCACAGGAGAUAUUAUAUUCAAUAACCUUGGUAUUCAGGAUGCCAGACUGGGACAGAUAGCGCCCUCGCUUGUCCAGGCGCUGUCCAACUUAACUACCCAGACCCUCGAGGUGGAUCCGCUAGCAUUUGUUGGCAAGCAACUUCUUCAGGGGAGCAGACAGAGUGUCUCGGAUAUCGGCGCUCAUAAAACACCAGCUGCAAAACAGAGUCCAACCAAGGGAACCGUAGCAUCAACUGCCAAACCUAAACAGCUCAAAAAGAUGUCCAGUCUCGACAUGGAUGGCGACAGUGAAAUCUCGGAGGAAAUCGGCGAGGAAAUCUCCGACUUUGACAGCGAGGUUGAAAAUAUCAACCGCAACGCUCUGUACUCUUCCGUGUCAGAGCUCCGACCGGCAGAGGUACCAGUCACGGCUGGUACCCAGCAAGCAUCAACCUUCAAAGUAACUCAGUUGCAGACGGGGGACGUCAGGCAAAGCACCGCCAUCCAGAUCUUGUCGUCAGAGCUCAACUACCUGAAGCAUCUCGGCAUCAUCGAGGAUGUCUAUCGUAAACCCCUCGUGGCGGCGAUCAAGUCCAACAAAGCCAUCAUCAGCCAGGCUAACAUUCAGAUGAUCUUCACCGACGCCAACUUGAUCCUGUCCAUCACACGGGAGUUAGUGGAGGACCUGAGCGAUCAUUUGGAGCAGUGGAGUCCGGAGCAGUGUAUUGGGGACUGCUUCAUCAAAUUACAAGCGAAGCUGAAGGCGUACACCAACUUCCACAAGAACUACCAGAUUGUGCUGUCCACAUUGGAUAAGUGUCGGCAGCAGUAUCCAGCCUUCCGUGCCUUCCUGAAGCGCACCGAUCGCUCCCCCGAAACCGGCAUGAUGUCACUGACGGAAUUAUUCCUGCUCCCAGCGAGACGGAUCAGUGAGUACAUCCAGAUGCUGCUAGCCCAGCAGGGCGUGACCGCUGACGAACACCCUGACAACACGGACCUGGGCGUGGCUGUGAAAAUGUUCAGGCAGCUGCAGGCAUUCGUGGAUGAGUGCCAUGAGAGGUCGGAGCGAGAGCGCCAGUUGCAAGAGUUGCAGCGUCGCAUCAAGAAGUGCCCAGCCCUGCUGGAGGCAAACCGCUUCCUGAUCAGAGAGCAGGUGGUUGCUAACAUGCAGCAAGUUGAAGAAACCGGCCAGGCAACGGGUCUGUAUGAGCAUGUGCAAGACCUGGGUCUGUUCCUAUUCAACGAUGCGUUGAUGGUGACCAUACGAACAAUCAAGACGUUGCCAUACACACGACAGACUGAGGCACUGUAUCAGUUCCACUCAUCAGUCGCAUUGCCCAGACUGCUGGUACAGGAGCUACCGGACUCAAAAUACAUGAAGUGCGCAUUUGUUCUCCAGACACCCAAGCGUCGCUGGGUCUGCGCAACUGAAGACGAGACUGACAAGAUAACGUUAGUGUCUGCUAUCGAGGCAGCAGUACAGGCCUCGUUAGACGAAACGUAAACAAUGCAAGGUUUCCUAUCAAAGUAUAUUUUCAUCUUUACCUGACUUUACAUUCAUAACUUUUCCACUGAAUACAGGGUGAGCUUUUCUUAAAUCGCAACAUAUGGCAACAUAUGAGGUUGACUUUUAUCUGCUUGAAAAUUGUAUCCAACAUAGCUUGAGGAACUUUUAGGAAUUCAGAGUGAUCAAGUUCUUAGCUG